AUGCGCAGCGCUUUGCUCCUUCUCGUCUCCAAUGUGACGAAUGUUUACGACGUAAACGAAGAAGAACGAGAAGCUUCGGAAACACAAAACCACCGCGACGAUGAUGACGACGGAUUCCUCGACGUCGAUGGAGUGCUGCGAGAAAAAAUGAGCGAUGUGGUGCGCCUGUGCGAAUCGAGCGCGAAGAUGAAGACGACGCUGAAAGAUGUCACGAAAGAAAAGGAGGAGGAUUUUGUACCGGAGGACGGAUGCGAGAUGGCGGCGGUGUCGUGGUUUCCACCAGUUCUCGAUGAUGCUGCUACGAAAGAGGACGAUGGAAAUGCUUGUUUCGUGCCGUGGAGGAAAGCUACGAAUGCAUCAUCCGAUGAUAUGGGCGAACGGUUGCGACUGACGCGAAGUAAACGCUCGAUGCUUUUAGCGAAGAAAACUGCGGAAGAUUUGUUCAUGGAAGAGGUACAAACGCCGACGAAAAAGAAGAUGAAAUCAGGAGGAGGGAAGAGUACGAGUAGUAAGAGUGAGCGCAAAAAGGGAAUGAGAGUGUUGCAAAGAACCGCGGCGACGGAGGCGAUGAAGCUCGUCGACCAGGUGGAAAGGAAGGCAUUGAGCGCGAUGGAUAUCGUGUGCGUGGUUCCAAUCGUAUUAGGGAAGGAUGUAAAUGCUGCUCUGUUUGAUAUGAACGACCCAGUGAAAUGGCCGGAAAGCUUCAUCCUCGCACACGGCGUCGUAAAAAGGGCGAAAGAAAGGCUCGGUGGCGAGAAGGUGCGAGUGAAAAUCGUUCCCGUUUAUAUCGUCGCGGACGAUGAAGACGAAGAAGACGAAAGAACGAAAACAUCGGAAACGAGGACGGAGAGAGAGGCACUCAUCAACGCGCGUUUAGAACACGUUUCGAACGCGUGGGGAUUUACGAAUGCUGUCGUUGUCGAGUCAUUGAACGCCAACCCUGUCACCGUGAGCGACGCGUCGGUGAUUUGGCGAGGAAAGCUUCUCAUCGGCGGUGGAUUGAAAACGAAUGCGAAGAACAAGAAGAAGAAUACCAGUAGUAAAUAUAAAACAUACGAUCGGUGCAUAGCCGCGGUGGAGGUCUCGAGAGAGUGUUCUCAGUGCGCGAUACCGUUUCUUCCGAUGGAAUCGAAUAUAAUCGACGAUGGUGAAGAAGCCGCCGUAAUAAAGGAAGAACGCGACGGCGAAAAGAAAUCGAUUAUUGAAAAAAAGGCACCACCGGUGAAGAAAUCGACGACGGCGACGACAAAGAAGAACACGAAUAAUACUAUUAGGAAAAACGUAGGAGAAAACGAAGUAGAAGACGAGGAGGAAACUGUGCUCAAAAUUAACGACAUCGUUCUCAUGAGCGCCAUCGACGCGGUUGAUAUCGACUCCUCGCAGGCGCCGACACACGUCUCGUUUCAUCCUCCUCCUUCAGAACGUGGCGGCAACUCUGCUUCGAAUUGGAUGUCAGCCUACGCGUCGUUUUGUGCAAAGAAGCACGACGAAGGCGUUCCCGGCGAGUGUCCAGUUCUGCUUUGCUCUAUCGCGACGGCGAUGCCGAUGGUUGUCGCUCGCGGCAAAAAUGGUGCCGUCGGCACCAAAGGGAAAGAGAAGAAGGACGACGACUUCGACUUGGACGAAGACGACGACAAUGUUCGCAAAAAAAUGCGCGACAAAGGAGCCGCGUUAGCAAAUCACGCGAACAACAAGUAUUUCCCAGUGCAAUCGCGAGAUGAGCGCGUGUUUGUGUUAGUGCCGGUCUUCUCAAAGAAGAAAACGACAACAUCGGUGACGUUCAGAUUGGUCAAAUUGGUUGACCCGCGAAGCGCUUUGGAACGAAGAGUUUUGUUUCCACGCAAUUUUUUGAGUCACAGUCAAAACGCAAACGACGAUGGUGAUGAAUACUGCUCUUCGCAACCUCCGCUUCUCGCGCUCCCAGGCCCGGACAACCGCCGUCUGUCCGCAGAAGAGGAACGCUUGGACGAGGCUUUAAAAACCGUGGCGAAAAUGGUCGUCGCUCGAGGAGGAGGAGAAGGAGCAGGUAGGUCUAAAUCGAAAGAAGUGGACGAAGUAUCGAGCAAAGGCGACGACGAUACAUUUGAGACUCUUUUUCGAAUAGUCGACGACUAUUUCGCGAAACGAGCGAGAUGCCGCGGUGGCAAAGCCUCCGAUGAAGACGUAUCCAUGCGAGAGUAUUGCAUCGCGUGGAUGAGAUUUCUCUAUUUGACCAAGAAGGACGCGAGCGCGAUUAUCGUUACGUCAUCAACGAAUGUUCUAUCCGACGCGCAUCGUCAUCAAUUUUCGACGAAGGCGAAUAACGACAAGAAGAUGAACGAUGAAGCCGAACUCAACGAAUUGAAACGCUUUUACGACGCGCUCGAAAAAUCCUCCAAGGAAACCGCGGACGAUAUUCGCCACGACGUCUCGUUGGUCUCUGUCUUGCGUUCGGCGGCGAUGGAUUGCGAAAAGAAACUCGAGAGUUCGGAAACGGUCGCGAGAUUGUUGCGUUCACGCAUGCCUUCGAGGAAUGACAAGAACAUCUCGUCGAUGAAAAGACAACGAGGAGGAAAAGGUGACGACGGUAAGAAGAGGAAGAAAACGGGAGAAGAGAACAAGAGCGCGGCCGCGAUGAAGAAAAAGGCGAAGAAGAAUACCACCACAACCACCUUGAAAACGGCGGUGAACGAUAAACUCGCCAAGCUCCGCGGAAGCGGUGGUGGUGUCGUUGCCGGCAAACUUAAAGCUCCGACUAUGAUGCACAAUCCGAUGACGACAACGACCGCGAACGAACGUGGUUCAGCUCCUCUUUCAAUGCGAUACGGCAGAAACAAAGCGCCCUCGAAUGGUUCCGCGUUAGUCGCCGCUGCGACGAUGAGCACGGACGAUGCGUCGUUGGAGGCUUGGAAAUACGGCAUGCACCGCACGGCGGCCAACGCGCAAGGGCCAACUUCCUUCAGCGGGUUGGGUCUCAAUAAUAACAAUAACAACAACAACAACAACAACAACAAUACCGCUUCGUUAUCGCAACAGCGACCGAGCGAGUCCGGCGCGGGAAGUGGCGCCAUCGGUGCUCGAGGCACAAUUUUGUGUCCAAACUGUAACGCGGAUUUGAAACUGACCGGAGGCAUGAAGUUCUGCUCGUACUGCGGCGGGACUUUGCACUGA